UCGCGCGAGUUGUACUUCCGCCCUUUUGGCUCUCUGAGCAGCGCCAUGGCGGUCGGCAAGAACAAGCGCCUGACGAAAGGCGGCAAAAAGGGAGCCAAGAAGAAAGUGGUUGAUCCAUUUUCUAAGAAAGAUUGGUAUGAUGUGAAAGCACCAGCUAUGUUCAAUAUAAGAAAUAUCGGGAAAACGUUAGUCACGAGAACUCAAGGAACCAAAAUCGCAUCUGAUGGCCUCAAGGGUCGUGUUUUUGAAGUGAGCCUUGCUGAUCUGCAGAAUGAUGAAGUUGCCUUUAGAAAAUUCAAGCUAAUUACUGAGGAUGUUCAGGGCAAAAACUGCCUAACUAACUUCCAUGGCAUGGAUCUUACUCGUGACAAAAUGUGCUCCAUGGUCAAAAAGUGGCAGACCAUGAUUGAAGCUCAUGUUGAUGUCAAGACUACCGAUGGUUAUUUGCUUCGUCUGUUCUGUGUUGGUUUUACUAAAAAACGCAACAAUCAGAUUCGGAAGACCUCUUAUGCUCAGCACCAGCAGGUCCGCCAAAUCAGGAAGAAGAUGAUGGAAAUCAUGACCCGAGAGGUGCAGACAAAUGACUUAAAAGAAGUGGUCAAUAAAUUGAUUCCAGACAGUAUUGGAAAGGACAUAGAAAAGGCUUGCCAAUCUAUUUAUCCACUCCACGAUGUCUUUGUUAGAAAAGUAAAAAUGCUAAAGAAGCCCAAGUUUGAAUUGGGAAAACUCAUGGAGCUUCAUGGUGAAGGUAGCAGUUCUGGAAAAGCUACUGGGGAUGAGACAGGUGCUAAAGUUGAACGAGCUGAUGGAUAUGAGCCACCAGUCCAAGAAUCUGUUUAAAAUUCAGACUUUUAAUGGAGACGAAUAAAAAAUCUUAUUUGUGA